CUAAAUUGAAAAUAUUGAAGAUAGGUCCAUGUAUUGAAGUUGAAUUUUAUAAAAUAAAUAAUAAAUUGUGACUUAAUUAUUAACAAGAGCCAAUUAAAAAUAUGGCUGGAACAAUUUUCCGGUCGGUGCUCAACAAUGUCUUUUCUGUUUGUAAAUCUUCAAAUACAGUUAAUUUGAGGAGUAUACACAGUGCACCAGUGUACUAUGCAGCACGUAAAGGUACCAGGGCUAAGGCCCGUGCAAAGAAGGUUAAAGUGGAGGUGACCAAAGUGGGAUUCAUCCCAUACAAUCAGCGGGGCAAGGAUAAGCAAAUAGCACAAAAAAUAAACAAGCAUCUGGACGACACCUGCAAGCCUAAAUCUGAAGAUGACGUUUACCCAAUGAGGUAUUACCAGUGGGUUGUGUACACAGUCGAGGAGGCCGUACAGGCUCACCAGGAGAGUCACCACCCUACCAUGUACAACCAGCCUGAUGCCCUCAUAUAUGCUCAGGUUGAAUUCAACAUGGAAGGCGUGAAAAAGAACCGUUACAUAGACAGCUACACUCGUCUCAGCCUGCUGCCGCACGCGUUCCCGCGGGACGAGGAGCGCACCAUCCUGGCCUUCUGCAAGGGACAGGAGAUCAUCAAGGAGGCGUUGGACGCCGGUGCCACUACAGCCGGCAGUACUGAGCUGGUUAAGAAGAUUCAGGAAGGCGAAAUAAAACUAAGCGACUACGACUACGUGGUCGCCCAUCCAAACAUCCUCACAGACCUGGUGCCAAUCAGAGGGCUGAUGAAAAGGCGCUUCCCCAACGUCCGAACAGGGACCUUGGACGCCAACCUCAAGGAACUGGUGAAGAAAUUCGCGUCGGGACUCCAAUACAAGGUGGUGAAGGAUGAAAACCAAGAGAAUUUCGGUUCCGUUGAAGUUCCAGUGGGAAGGGUGAACAUGGACCCUAAGCAAGUAGCUGAAAACGUAAACGCUUUACUAAAAGAUAUGCAGGCGGGUCGACCAAAGCGAGACGGACUUUUCAUCACAAGGUGCUUCAUCGUGAGCCCACCCGCCACUCAGAAGCUGAAGAUCGAUCCGUUUGUGUUCGUCGACAGAACACUCUCGAAAGAAGUGCAGGAGGAGAGCGACGACGAAGGCGAAGCAGCCGCCGCUACAGCCUAGUCUAGAAUAACUUGUGUAUAGUUAGAGUAAUAUAAUGUUUUAGAAAC